GCCAUAGAGGUAGUCACCAUGACUGAGUUUGGAGAUGUUAUAAGUGCUCUGGGGGAGUUUGGGCUAUAUCAGAAAUUGCUGGUACUGUUGCUCUCCCUCCCACUACUUCUUAAUCCUUUCCAAAUGAUCGGUCAAGUGUUCAUGGUUGUGGAUGUGCCACAUCACUGUGACACCAGCUGGAUCCGUGCCGUUGGCCCCAACCUGACGGAGGAAGAGCAGCUGAACCUCACCCUGCCCCGGGACGCGGACGGGGCGUACGAGCAGUGCUCCAUGUACUCGCCGGUGGACUGGGACCUCGGCUCCAUCGUGGCGUACGGCCUGAACGCCACGGAGAAGUGCAGCAGUGGCUGGGUGUACCCCUCAGCACAACCGCCGUCCCUGCUGACCGAGUUUGACCUGGUGUGCGACAGGAAGGACUUGAAUGACAUCUCCCAGUCUGUCUACAUGGUGGGGCUUCUCCUAGGAGCUAUGAUUUUUGGGCCACUAAGUGACAGGAUGGGCCGUCGGCCAAUCUUUCUGACCUCCAUCCUCCUCCAGGGCUUGUUUGGCGUAGCAAUUGCCUUUGUGCCCCAUUUCUAUGUGUACAUGGCCUUCAGAUGUGUUGUGGGGGCUUCGGUGUCAGGAAUUCUGAUUACUGACUUGGCCUUGGCUACAGAAUGGGUUGGUGCCUCCUCCCGACCAAAGGCAGUGCUUCUUUCUCACUGCUGUGUUGCCAUCGGACAGAUGCUCUUGGCUGGCUUGAGUUACGGUAUUCGCAACUGGAGGCUGCUGGAGAUUGCAGGAUCUGCCCCAACGUUUGCCCUUUUCUUCUACAUCUGGGUGCUACCCGAGUCAGCUCGGUGGCUGGUGACAAAAGGCAGAAUAGAAGAAGCCAAGAAGGUCCUUCAGAAGGCAGCAUCCAUCAACAAGUGCACCCUCCCACCAGGACUCCUUGAGCAGCUGAAGCCUGAGACACAGACCAAGUCUGGAAGUAUUCUGGAUCUCUUUCGGAAGAAGCACCUCCGGAACGUGACUUUAAUCAUGUCAUGUGCCUGGUUUGCAGACAGCCUUGUCUACUACGGGCUGAGCCUUAAUGUGACAAGUUUUGGUCUGGACAUCUAUCUGACGCAGCUUGCCUUUGGGGCGGUGGAGUUACCAGCUCGAUAUUGCUGCAUUUUCUUUCUGCAGUGGUUUGGGAGAAAGAAAACCCAAGCUGUUCUCCUCCUACUCUCUGGCCUGAUGUGUCUCAUCAUCACUGGCAUCCCUGAAGACCAGCCCGUGGCAACCACCGUCCUGGCCAUCAUCGGCAAAUUUACAGCCACAGCCUCCUUCUCCACCUCCUACGUCUACUCCGCAGAGCUCUUCCCCACGGUCAUCAGGCAGACCGGCGUGGGGCUGUGCUCGAUGUCGGCGCGGGUGGCGGGGAUCGUGGCCCCGCUGAUCCGCCUCCUGGGCCAGUACCACCGGGCCAUCCCCAUGGCCAUCUUCGGGAGUGCCCCCGUGGUGGGGGGGCUGCUCUGCGUCCUGCUGCCCGAGACCCGCGGCACCGACCUGGUGGACGACACGGGGGACGGACACCCCCCGGCUGAGACCAAAAGGAGGCAGCCCCCAGCCAUCGCCAACGAAACAGCACCCUUGGGCAAAGGACUGAGCUCCUCUAUACUCAGAGGCACUGAACAGGAGCAGCAGAGCAAAUCAUUUGAAAAGCAGUGCCAGAGAGAAAAUGGCACCACGGGCAGCCCCUCCCGGUGA